AUGCAUUCAAUUAAUGAAUUUAGUUCGAAAUUAUUCUCAAAUAUUGAGACAAUUGAAAAAGGUAUUGGUUAUGAUUUAACAGUUAUUCUUGGUUUAAUGUUAUGUGUUACAUUUGGAAUUAUCAUUUCUUUUAUUAUUAAUUGGAAAUUAUCGUUGAUUCUCUCUGUAUUUGUUCCAUUACUUCUUACCAGUUCAAAUGUAUUCGCAAAAAUUAUUUCAAAUGAAACAAUCAAUGAAUUGAGAGCAUAUGACAAAGAAUUGAAUUCAACUCGAUGGAAUACAAUUCGAAAAGGUGCGGCAUUUGGAAUCUUUUCUGGAUGGUUAUCUUUAGGAUCUUAUGCAAUUUAUACUGUUGGAUUUAUCUUUGGAUCGAUUUUAAUGAUUCAGAAAAAUGAAGAAGAAUUAAAUUUUAUAAAAAUUCUUAUUAUUAUCACGAUGUUUGCACAAUGUGCAAGAUAUUUUAAUUUGAUUGGUCCCCUUUUUCAAUCAUGUUCUGAAGCUCAAGGAGCGGCGAUUUCAGUUAUUCGAUUUAUUGAUGAAAAUAACAAUUAA